CGCUGCGUGCUGGAUGCGUGUUGAUGCGCCGAGCGGUAAUCUCGAUCUUUAAGAAGCGCAGAUUUAAUGGCUCGUAGGAUCGUUAAUUAAAAUUUUAAUUAAGUAGAGUUAAGUGAGAAGUAGAUUGAAGACGCAAGUUUGUCAUUUCCGAAUGUCGUCCGUGAAAAGUGCUUUUUUAUUUCGCAGAGAAAAUGCUUGGAAUGUUUUAAUCAAUUUGUACUGCUAAAUGGAGGUGCUUGUCUGCUGGUGCAGCGAAGUUAUUGGAGUUUCAAAUGAGCCGCCGCUCCAGCGCUGUCAGUGCGACAAGCUUCGCGACGCGGAUUACGAGGGGCCGACACCAAACAUUUUUGCGUCCAAUUUGCACCAGACCGCCGUCACCCUGAGGAUUAUACACCAUACUACUGAUGAGGGUAAACAACUCGAGAUUUUGAUGGACAGCGAACAUGCCAUGGAAAUAUUACAAAAAGAUAUCUUUAUGCUAGUAAUCCGUCUGUCCCGGGGGAUGACGAAGCAAUCAGUGGGUAGACGCCGCGGGCGGACAUUUGCAUCCAGGGAGCAUCGGGUCGGCGGCGAGCGGAACACCGGGAACAUCCUGAAUAUUAAUACGGACUUGCAUCACUUUGAUAUUUGGCAGAUGGACUUUAGAUGUUUGUGUAAUGAGGAUUAUGUCGCCGCUCCAAUUGUGUUAUCUGUCACAAAUGUACAUUAUGUUUGGCAAGUGAAAUAGGGAAUGGAUCACAUGAGACUUGCAUCCCUUGAGGGUGACAAGAAAUAGUACCUUUUCCCUAAUAAACAUUAGCAGUAGAUGGCUUUCCAGCAGUUGUAAAUUGUACCAACAACAGAUUGACGGUUUUUUUGUAACUUUUCGUUUCUUUUCGGGCAUUUUUAAAAGUACCCAAGCAGUCCAUUUGAUUUCUAUCUCUUUACGCACUUAUUUGAACAUAUUUCAAUGAUAAAACAAUAUAAAUUAUUUCUGCUCACAAAGGAACAGCUCUCCUUGCAAAUAUUUAGCUUACCCUUCUUCCUCACCCUUCGGAUAUCGAGCUCGUGUUGAAAAAGCGCGUUAGGUGGAAACGGCACUAAUUCGAGCUGUAUUAAUGAGAAUACAUCAUAGAAUGGCUACAGAAGUUCUGCUUCCAAAAUAUAUAUAUAUUAAACCUUAUGCAUUUAUGGAGUUUCAUUUGGUUACAAAAUAACGUGACAAUUUUAUUGCGAAAUCAAAUUAAAUUCAAAUAGUUGUACUUUAGAUAAGGUCUCGUCAAAUAUCUGUGUGCAUACUCAUUGUAAAGUUGCUUCCGUGUGGGUUUUCUGUUUGUUCCAUUUUGCAAUAUGACGGCCUGCAUCCUUUGACGCGCGUUUAACCUAGAAAGGAAAAAAGCGUCGGUUGAGCGGAGGUAGGCGAGUGCUGUAGCUGUACGUAGAUAAGAACAUGUCGGAUGGAUGUUUGUAGACAAACUUUUGUGAUGUGGUUUCUGUGAAAUCGUGAACAUUGCUCUCGCUAAAUUUGUUUGAUAAAUCAUGAACCUGCUGGAUUCGUUUGAAAAAAUUGAAGAAAAACUUUAGUUUAUGAAUUCUGUGAUUAGUACUCAGAUAAUUAUAUCAACAUUAUAGAGAUAGUAUCUUUCAAAGAUUUUAAACAAAUAUUAGACUAUACUGUUCCGUAAAACUCGAAUAAAUAAUUAAGCAAAACAGUCAACUAUGCAGCCUUGUAUAAAAACUCAUAGAUCCCAUCUUUACUCUCCUUAAAUUACUCCCACAAAUGACUGUAUCCGAAACUGUGGCCCUCUAAAGACGGUCAGAUAAAAGCCAUAGCGUGUAGCGCCACCGCAAGCGAUCUGCUCGCCGAUAAGUAACCGCGCCGGCGAGCGGCUGGCGACAGUCACUGGCGCGAGUUACUGGCGCGAGUAAGUACCCCACACACACACUAUAGACUAGAUUGAAACGAAGCUUGUCUGUAGCUUACUAACGUUUUAGGAGGCUCCUUAGACGGCACUGAGUAAUUUGGAUUUGUGCCCAUUAAGGGAAGCUAGAGGAUUCUACACAGGAUUAGAGAGAUCACAUAAUACGAGUAUGCUCACUAUAUUUUCACCAGUUGGCUUGAAUAAUUAAAAAGAAUACUAUACGCAUCCACUUUUACUAAACGGCAAGUGAUCGUCUUCAAGUGAUCACUCUAUAAUAUUACUUAAGUGGCACUAACUUAUUGAAAUCACUCUAAAAAUAUUCAUGUCAUGUUUGCUCGUACGUGUGUAUGUAUAAAUGAUUCCCUUUCAGACGAUAUCCGCUCCAUUAAGUAAUUAUAUGAGCCGAGUUCAGAGUACAGAGUUUUGGCGGUUCCGAGAUAUUAACGCACCGUUUGAAUUGAUAUGAGACUUGUCGUAGGGAAGGAGACAUCUAUUUGAUACAUAUUAUUCAUACUAUUUCGUCCCACGCGCCCUUUACUUUAAUAUAACAUACAGUUACGCAUGAACAGUUUAUCAAAUUCAUUUUUCUGGCGGUAUUUUUUGUUUUCAACUGCCAAAUGUCAAAAACAUCUGAAGUUCAAUUUGAUUGGCAUUCAAUUCAAACUUUUCUUAAAUGUACAUUCAUAGAUGUAUAAGGGCAGCAAUAAACUAAACUCAUGUAAAAUGAAUCCCAGGAUAAACAAGGUUUAAUUUAAAUCUGCUAAAAAGCAAGUCAACUGUUUAAAGUUACUCGGCCGCGACACGCAACAAAAACAAUAAAACAAACGAUGAAGUAAUUAGAACGAUGAUCAUUUGGUUGUAAACGCAACGUGAAGUGUAAUAAUAUUGUUAUUAUGUAUCAAAUAGCGGAGAACACGUGUGAUAAUGAUGUGUGAAAGUGAUAAGGGUUUGUGUUUUAAUUGUUGGAGCGUUUUAAUUUAAUUUAGUGGGGUCGGGGCUGAGCGCUGUGACUUACCGGCGGAGGUGGCUCGAGUUAUUGCUCAAUGGUAAUAACGCCCAUUAAGUUCAGGUCUCGGCCUGCCCUCACUGUAAUGCGGACUCAGACGUUACACUUUAUGAUGUUUCGAGGCCUGCUCUGUAUAAUCUGAUCUUUAAUUAAAGCAUCCUUGGCCUAUGGUAAACAUAACAAUGUUGUUAUCAUAAAAAUGAAGCCACUAUAAUUCCCUUAUUAGGUUAAUUUACUGGAAAAGUCAUAUAUAACGUACUCACAUUUCAUAUUCCUCAUAACGGUCGAACUAAUAUACGUACAUUAAACAAUACCUUACCAGAAGUUUGACACUAUGACUCGUCACACACAGCGCUUGCCUCCGGCGCACACACGUUACAGUACAAAGCCACCACAAAGGACAAAACAUCAGCAACUUGCAUACGCAAUGAACAUCCGAUCUAACCGUGCGCCCGCCACGUAACCGCGGGCUCUAAAAAUGAAUUUUAAUGGUCACUUAGACCGGUAUAAUGAAGACAGCACGCCGUUCGCCCGCGGCUAACACUUCCCCGCUAUUCUGUGUUUGAAGUUAUUUUCAUGAAGGGACGUUUUUGAGGCAGUUCGUGCCCGUUGA